UAUGACGUCACUAUAGUUGUUUGGGAGAAGAAAAAUACAAGCCUUGCCACCACUGUUCAAUCUUACCGGUGUCGAAACAUUUUAUGACAUACAGUGAAUUUCCUUGUGUCACUACCAUGUCCACUCCAGCAAGACGACGACUUAUGAGAGAUUUCAAAAGGCUUCAAGAAGAUCCCCCAACUGGUGUCAGUGGAGCCCCUUCAGAAAACAAUAUAAUGUUGUGGAAUGCUGUUAUUUUUGGGCCUGUGGGCACGCCAUUUGAGGAUGGAACCUUUAAGCUUGUGAUAGAAUUUUCUGAAGAGUACCCCAAUAAACCCCCUACUGUUAGAUUUAGCUCCAAAAUGUUUCACCCAAAUGUUUAUGCAGAUGGAAGUAUAUGUUUAGACAUUCUACAAAAUCGCUGGAGCCCAACUUAUGAUGUGUCUUCCAUUCUGACAUCAAUCCAGUCUCUGUUGGAUGAGCCAAAUCCAAACAGCCCUGCCAACAGUCAGGCUGCUCAGCUUUAUCAAGAGAAUAAACGGGAAUACGAGAAGCGAGUCUCUGCCAUUGUGGAGCAGAGCUGGGUGGACUCGUAACACUACAGCGCAAGUGUGCCUCAUCAUUCUUCUGAAAUAUUUCAAACUUUAAUUUACCUCAUCGGUUUAUCAAGUCAUCAUCAAAGAACUCAAGUGCCACAAGUAAAUGACGAGGGAAAUCACAUAUUCAGUCAGUAGGGUCUUAUUACAUGCUUGCCAACAGAUUUUAAGACAAACAAUAUUGUGCUAUUGUUAUUUUUAUUGCAUGAUGUGAAAUAAAUUAUUCCAGACAGAAUUUGUAAUAUAUCUUUUUGGACUGAUGCUGUUACGGUUGUUAGAGCAAAGUUGAUGGAUGGUGAGAAUAGGCAACAUUGUUUUAAGUGAUGAACUGGCAUUAUUCUCACAAUAUUGUAAAAGGAAUAGGCUUUACUGUUGUUGGUUUUAAAUUUGCUGUCCGAGUUGUCCCCAAGAUUGAGUGACUUUAAUCAAGCUUUGAGUUGAUUUACAGUCCAACAUAUUAACACACCAUGACACAGAAUGUAAAAUAAUUGUUAGCUGUUGCGUGAAAUAUUGGAUUCAUAAAUAGCGUCCACAAUAGCUUCCAUAGUCAGUCGCACCUCCUUUCGUUAAUUUACCCUAUAUGAAAUACAAUUUAUACAUAUAAUAUGCUGUAUAAAGAUAAUAAACAUUUUUCAGACAA